UGGCACUGACAUCGCCCAACGCCGAGCUUCCGGACUGCCUGUCGUGUCUUCAUACCCGGAAAGCGGCGUGUGGACGCGUCAUAUCUUCGAGACUUGCAAAUGGCAACCCGAAGUUAUCAGGCCGGUCCCAUGCCGGCUGACAUGGGAAAUAACAAUCGAAAAUACUCUGGUUACAUGAAUGGCACUACUCAUGCUGCCCCAGCCCAGACCGAUGCCCCGGUCCAGCAUGCCAAUCAUCAGGUUGGCCACCACCCGGACAGCCUAGGAACUGUGAUGAGCCAGUUCUCUUCUCUGUCCAUCCCUGGUGGCCACAUCCCCGCUGGAUCUGGUUUGACUCAGAUGUCCAUCCAUCACCCGUAUAUUGCUGCUCCAGAGGGAGCUAUUGCCUACACUGGCUACGGAGUCCCUGUCCACCUUGGCAACGCAUCUCAGAUUCCAGAUGGCUACCCGGCAGCAGCUUUUGCACCACAGUAUUCUGUCUCUGGAGUCACUGGGGCGUAUGCCUCCUACCCUAUGCCCUAUCCGAUGAUGCCUUUUACUCCUGGACGCUCAGUUUCCUAUGGUGACCACAACAACGAGGUUCCUGGCCUCGACUACCGUCGUGGAUCGUACUCUACGACGGAAUCGACCCCGGCGACUCCAUUUUUUGGUAGUGCUUCGGACCGAGGCAGUGCAGCUCGAAUUGCUGUGAUGCGUUCGGCAUAUAACACCCCGUCCCCUGACCAUGCUCAGGUGAUUGGUGGCUUUGAUCGCACUCCUGUCACCAAAGCCCCAACCAUCUCAGACGUGGACUUGGACGCCCUCCUGAAGCAGAACCCUGCUAUUCCACGUGCUGUCCCAGCAGUCUUCACGCCUCCUCAGCACAUGAAGACCCUUGAACAGUGCCUCGAGAACCGCAUCGUCGGCAACCGCAAUGUCUACAUUCGUGGACUCCACCCGACCACGGACGAUGAGUUGCUCCUCCGCUACGCCCAGAGAUUUGGCGAGGUGGAGCAGUCUAAGGCCAUCAUCGACACAGCAACUGGAGCUUGCAAGGGCUUUGGAUUUGCCAAAUUCACCGAUGUCCGCAACUCUGAGAAUUGCAUCCGGGGUUUCUACCGGCUCGGCUACGAAGUUCACUUUGCAAAGGAGAGCUUCAACGCUCGUCUGAAGGCAGAAGGUGAUGAGAAUAGUACCAACCUCUACCUCUCCAAUCUGCCGAAGCGCUUGACCGAGACUGAACUGAAUGCAAUCUUUGUCGGGUAUAAUGUCAUCUCAAGCAAGAUCCUCCGUGAUAGCAUGGGCAACAGCCGUGGUGUUGGAUUUGCUCGCUUUGCAACUCGUGAGGAGUGCGAGGACAUCAUCAACAAGUAUCACGGUAUCGCAGUCGGCGAUGAGGCCAUGCUUAUGCAAGUCCGAUAUGCCGAUACUCCUGCCCAGAAGGAGCUGAAGCGGAUCACUGCCGAACGUCGCCAGUUCCGCACCAACGAGUACAAUAUCGGUGCCUAUGGCACUGCUGAUGUUGGAAUUCAUCCUUCCAUCUACUCGCAGACCUCCUGGAAUCGACGCCACAUCGCCGGGGCUAACAAUUCCUCCGUACAACAUGUAGCUAGGACGUCGCAACUUUUGCCGACGAUUACUCGUGAUGGAGCGCAACUGGGCGGACAGCAGAGCCCAACCGUGCCGGGCACUCCGCCUCCUAACGAUGAAUCAGAUGACGAGAGUGUUACCGUAGCCGAAUCCCAUAGCGUCACCCACGGAAGCACGCAGUCAUCUCCCGUACCAAAAAAGGAGAAGGCCUGAAACGGUUGUCCUGGCACUGCACUUAACAUCAAUACCUUGCUUUCUCUAUUGCAUUGGACUGGGCCCCGGGUGAUACGAUUGUUUUGGUAUCCUGUAUCUUCAUUCUGCUAUCACCAUUAUGUGGGGGGUGGGGGGGGCUCGGGGUUUGAGACGGAAGGCUGUUGCAAUUCCCCGUAUCUUAACUUUUUGAC